AUGGCUUCGUACAAUUACGGGCCGCCGCCCCCGGCACCUCAACCAACCCCGCCUUCGAGCACUCCCGUCUAUCCUCCGUACGGGCAGCAGUACCAGCAGCCCUCGCAUCGUGGCGGCCAUGGUGGUCGGGGUCGGGGCGGGCCACCACAUUCGGGAGAUCGGGGCUCUUAUCAUGGGUCGACAUCUGCUUAUGGCUAUGGCCCUCAGCAACCGCCACACUACGGACAGCCAGCCCCUGUGCCCUAUGCUGCCUCCCAACCUCCUCAAGCAGCCUAUCCUCAGCAACAACAGUGGCAUCCUGAGCAGGGCCAGCCACAUCACCCACAGCCGCCUGCCCAUGCCGCCCCUUACCAUCCGAACUACCCUCCUCAGCCUUAUCAGCACCCUCAGCAGCCGUAUGCCCAGCAGCCAGCUUAUGCCCAGCCUCCCCAGCCGCAAUAUGCCCAGCCGUACCAGCAACCUCCAGCUCAACACGGCCCGCCCACGCAACAGUGGGGUGGCCAUCCACCGCCACCUCAAACCCAGGGCCAUUUCGGCGGGGGGCGCGGUGGGCGUGGCGGCUACAAUGAUAGAGGCGGGUCCAAGGCCCAAAUGAUGGGGCCCCCGAUCAGAAUGGGAUUUGACAACGCAAACCCCCAAGGGCCUCCGGCUCCAGUGAGCAGCGGAUACCCGCAAGCAGCCUACAGCGGGCCGCAAGUUCCUCCCGCACCAUAUCCUCCUGCACCAUAUCAAGGUUACGCGCCACCGGCCCCGUAUGUUGCUGGACCGCCUCAGUAUGAAGCAUCUCCUCCUAAUCACAAUCAUCGGCAUGGUCGUGGUGGAUUUCAUAACAGCAACUUUAAGAACCGACCUCAGUUUGGUGGCGACAAGAUGCGCAACCGAAACCGAGGCGGGCCCGCACAAACUCCUCCCCCACCCCAUCAGAAGCCUGAUGCUGCGUCUGCUGGCAAGAAGAAGAAACGCAAGACGAAUACCCUGGGCCUGACUCCUGGCGACGAAUCCGAAGAGGAUGACGAGAAUGAGGAGGAGAAGCUGAAUGAAAUGAUCGGUGCCGAUGCUCCACGCCCGACGGAUAUUGCCGCAUGGAUUGAAGAGCGCCGGCGCAAUUUCCCCACCAAAGCUCGCAUCGAGGCCAGGCUUGCCGCGAAGGCUCAGAACGGCGAUGCCAAGAAGGAAGCCGACGAUAGAAAUGCACAACUCCAGAAACAGCAACAAAAGGCCGAAAAGCUCAGAAAACAGCUCGAGAAGGUCGAGUCCAGCAUCAAGAGAAAGCGCGAGCAACAGGACGAGGGAGACGAGAUGCGAGACGUCGAUAUGAGCUCGCCAUCCUCGGUCGAUUCCAAGUCGGAUGACGACAAGCCGGAAACAAUGUCGAGCCGCCCAGAAUCACAUCUCCCCCCGCCGCCUAAGAAGGCUGACCCCACCAAGCAUUGCAAGUACUACUCAACUGGUGGCACCUGUGGCAAGAAGGGCAAGUGCCGCUUCGUCCACGAUACGGCCGUUCGCGAAGCUGCUCUGCGGGAGCGUGAGAGGAACGGCGGACGCAUGACCCUUCAGCAACGUCUCAUUUUGAACGAUAAGGAGCAAGAGGACUUGACAAUUGUUCAGACCCUGAAGUAUCUGCAAGACAAGGGCCUGCUGAAGGCCGACCUAACGGCUGCUUCACAGUCCGAUUCUUCUCGCCCUGCCCCAUCGAACAACGCCCAGUCGCCCGAAGCGCACUCUUCUCUCCCUCCCGCCCCAAUCAAGACAGAGCCCAACCAUGGACUCCCCGCAAUCCCGCCACCAAGUAUGGUCUCUCAUGCCCCGACAGUCAAGUACAAUGGUUGGAACCUCAGUGGUUAUGGCAAUACUGGGGUGAAGCCGAGCGAUCUCUAG